AUGCGAGGCCAAUACUGUACCACGUUCUUCCAGGGAGUAAACCAGAUUGACAAUGAUCUGAAAGCAAGAGCCUCAGCAUACAAUAAUCUGAAAGGGAACCUUCAGAAUUUGGAAAGAAAGAAUGCGGGAAGCUUGCUAACCAGAAGCCUUGCUGAUAUUGUAAAGAAAGAGGACUUUGUACUCGAUUCAGAAUAUUUGGUCACGUUAUUAGUGAUUGUACCGAAGUUAAAUUAUAAUGACUGGGUUAAGCAGUAUGAAACACUAGCAGAGAUGGUUGUACCACGUUCCAGCAAUGUACUCUUUGAGGAUCAAGAUAGUUACCUUUGUAAUGUCACCUUGUUCAGGAAGGCAGUGGAUGACUUCAAGCAUAAAGCCAGAGAAUUUAAAUUUAUGGUCCGUGACUUCCAGUAUAAUGAAGAAGAGAUGAAAGCGGAUAAAGAAGAAAUGAAUAGACUGUCAACUGACAAGAAGAAACAGUUUGGGCCUCUGGUUCGGUGGCUGAAAGUUAAUUUCAGUGAAGCUUUCAUUGCAUGGAUUCACGUGAAAGCACUACGAGUUUUUGUUGAAUCUGUUUUAAGGUAUGGUUUGCCAGUUAACUUCCAGGCAAUGCUGCUUCAGCCUAAUAAGAAAACAAUGAAGAAACUGAGGGAGGUUUUGUAUGACUUGUACAAACACCUUGACAGCAGUGCAGCAGCUAUCAUUGAUGCAACUAUGGAUAUUCCAGGCUUAAACCUCAGUCAGCAGGAGUACUACCCAUAUGUGUACUACAAGAUCGAUUGUAAUUUGCUGGAAUUCAAGUAAAAGUUCCCUAACAUGACAAUCUUCUCAGUGUUGGUGUAAACAAACAGAAGUGAGGUUGAAGUACAGUAAUACUUUUAACAUUCUACUAAUCAUAUGCUUGCUUCUUAUGUUAGGUGAAUUUAACACACAGUGGUCCAUCUCUAGACAUUUUCUUUUUAAAGAACAGUGUAGGUAAUCUGCUUUUAAUCAAUUAUGUCUGUAAAUGUAUAUUGAGAGAAUUGAAGUAUUUAUAAACAGAGUGUGAUUUAUUUAAGGAAAAGCUCAUUCCUCUUUCAUAUGGUGGUCUGUGUUAAUUCCAUUUACCAUUGUUUAUAAAAAAAAACUUGUUUACAGAAGAAUAGUGCAAAUGUUCAUGGCCAUUUUGUUCAUUUGAUUUAGUAGAUACAAUUGUGUUAACGUCGUUGAACUGUGAUGUAAAGUAUGUAAAAUUGGUAUGAAAUUGUGCUUUCUGAAUGGUUUAAAAUUACAAUCAAAGCACUGUAAACACAGGAAAAAAUAAACAUACCUGUGCAAAUGUGUCA